AUGCAGAAAGCAAUCCUCCCGACCAGUCGCUCAGUCCUCCGAACGGUAGGGAGCCGCGCAGGCCCUUCGAGCUUAAGACGAUCACCACAAUGGCAGAUUAGGACGUACGCUUCCGAGGCAAAGGAUUACGAUGUAAUAUUUAUUGGAGGUGGUGUUGCUGGUUAUGUCGGCGCCAUUAAGGCUGGACAAGAAGGACUAAAGACCGCAUGUAUAGAGAAACGAGGAAUGUUGGGUGGCACUUGUCUCAAUGUCGGAUGUAUACCUUCAAAAUCACUCCUGAACAACUCGCAUCUUUACCAUCAGAUAUUGCACGACACGAAAAAACGAGGCAUCGACAUUGGCGACGUGAAGCUGAACCUGAAACAGAUGAUGAAGGCCAAAGAUGAAUCAGUAGCAGGUUUGACCAAAGGUGUUGAAUUCCUCUUCAAGAAGAACGGUGUCGAUUACAUUAAAGGCGCUGGCGCUUUUGUAAACGAGCAUGAAGUUGCAGUCAACCUGGUUGAUGGUGGCCAAACUCAGAUCAAGGGCAAGAAUAUCGUUAUCGCGACUGGCAGUGAAACAACUCCUUUCCCUGGCCUGACAAUUGAUGAGAAGAAGGUUAUCACAUCGACCGGUGCCAUUGCACUUGAGCAAGUGCCCAAGCGUAUGGUCGUCAUUGGUGGCGGUAUCAUUGGUCUCGAAAUGGCAUCUGUGUGGUCACGUCUCGGUUCCGAUGUUACCGUUGUCGAAUUCCUCGGACAAAUUGGCGGGCCCGGUAUGGACGCAGAUAUCGCUAAACAAGCACACAAGAUCCUCGCGAAGCAAGGUAUCAAGUUCAAGCUGGGCACCAAAGUAACAAAAGGUGACGCCAGCGGCGAUAUUGUCAAGCUUGAUGUGGAAGCUGCCAAAGGCGGCAAGCAAGAGACUCUUGAGGCUGAGGUCGUCCUCUGUGCUAUCGGUCGCAGGCCAUACCAUGAGGGUCUGGGCCUGGAGAAUAUCGGUGUCGAGGUUGACGAGCGCAAGAGAAUUGUCAUCGACCAGGAGUACCGGACAAAUAUUCCACAUAUCAGAGUAGUGGGCGAUUGCACGUUCGGACCUAUGCUUGCUCACAAAGCUGAAGAAGAGGCUGUCGCCGUCGUCGAGUUUAUCAAGCACGGUACUGGUCACGUCAACUACGGCGCUAUCCCAUCCGUCAUGUACACACAUCCUGAGGUUGCCUGGGUUGGGCAGAAUGAGAAAGAGUUGAAGGAUGCCGGAAUCAAAUACAACGUCGGCUCAUUCCCAUUCACUGCCAACUCUAGAGCCAAGACAAACCUGGACACUGAUGGCAUGGUAAAGUUCCUGAGUGAUGCUGAGACAGAUCGCAUCUUGGGUGUACACAUUAUCGGCGCCAAUGCUGGAGAAAUGAUUGCGGAAGGAACGCUGGCACUUGAAUAUGGCGCCAGUAGCGAGGAUGUGGCGAGAACAUGCCACGCUCAUCCAACGCUGGCGGAAGCUUUCAAGGAGGCUGCCAUGGCUACCUACAGCAAGGCCAUCCACUUUUAG